AUGUCACGGAAUUCUAGAAGGCUUGCUCAGUUAAAGAAAGCACGUAAAACUGGUGAUUUAUCACAAAUGAUUUUUUUAUUAAGAACCUCAUUAGCAAGAAAUCUUGGUGAUAUGGGUCAACCUGAAUUAUAUGCACAUACACAUAUUGGGACCAAAAGAUUGAUUGAAGCAUAUAUAAAUGAAGUAGUAAAACAAAUGAAUAUAAUAUGUGACACUGAAUCAGAUGAAAUAUCUACAAAAGCAAAAUUAGAGUUUUUCACUAAUACAAGACAAUCAUUUGGAAGAACUGCUCUUUUAUUAAGUGGUGGUGCUACAUUCGGACUUAUACACACGGGAGUAAUUAAAAGUCUUUACGAGUGUAAACUUUUACCUCGUAUUAUUUCUGGUGCAUCAA